GGUGCUAACUAGCUAGCUUAAUUUAUAGUAGUAUUACUUAAUUUAAUUAGCUGUUGAGUCCAAAUGAGUUUAGACACACUUUUUCAACAAAUCCUUCUAACAGAACAACAGCUAGCUGAGCAGACUCAGAAAUUCAAAGAUGUUAAAUUAGCCAUCCUCAGAUGCAAUGAGAAGAUCAAGAGUGCCACUGAAAAGUAUGACAAGACCAAUGAGGACCUUGAUCAAAAGGCCCAGCAGUUGUCUGCGAUGAAGCUGCAGCACGAUCUGAUGAGAAAAAGUGAAGAGCAGCUGUUGAAGCAAAUCGAGGAGCUGCUCUGUCAGAAAAGCCACCUCGAGGAAAGUCUGGCCAAGAUAAAGAGGGAGUCUAAAGAAGAAGAGGAAAACUUCCUUCAAGAGAUCUCAAGGUUCAACAGUGACUUCAGUCUUCAGGGGAACAGAGAGACAGUGUUUGAGAGCCAAACGCACACUGAGCUCGUGGACCUGGAAAGGGAGGUGGAAUCGUUAUACAAAGAGAUGGAGUCGAUGAGCCACAGGAACAGUCGCUUGAACUGCAUGGAGGAGGAGAAAAGAGCGCUUCUACUUGAACUAAAGGGCCUGGAUGACAUGCAGAAAGACUUGGAUCGGCAGCUGAGUGAAGCCGAAGCAGUGACAGAAUCUCUGAGAUUGGAGAGCCAGUUUGUCAGUCAGAAACCUCUAACUGACAGCACCUGUCUGCGGCUGAGAAAAGAGUUGGAGACGCACAAAGAGGCAGAACUCGAGCGUCUGCGAGAAGCUCUCAGCUCAGAAAUCCAGCUCCUGCAGGCUAAGCUGGACGGCAUCCAGGAAAGUGAGCAGCAUUAGCAGUGACACGACGAUGACAGACGAAGGUGACCUCUGUUCACCGUUUGUCUCUGAUGUUAAAAAAACAAACAUGCAGAUGAAUAGAUGGAAAGAAGAAGAAGAGGGAAGACAGGAAGGAAUAAACACAGCAAGAAUAUAAACCCAACUUGUCAAAAUAUUUAUUCAAAUAUGAACCUCAGCUUUAUGUUAGCAUUAGUUGGUGUUUAAUAUUUACUUUGCGUGAAAGUUUCAUCCUGUGUGUCUCCAAAAACAUAAACUGUUAGUCUUUACACUCAGGUACACUUUGACUGGAAAAGCUUACAA